ACGUGUGAGAUAUUGGAGUUGACAGCCUUAGUACUACGUGUGAGAUAUUGGAGUUGACAGCCUUAGUACUACGUGUGAGAUAUUGGAGUUGACAGCCAGUUUGGACCACAAAAAAAUAAUAAUAAUAAAUUGUGUAUAUAGUACAUAGCUACAUUAUAAGAACUUGUGCAAUAGAUAAUUGACUAUUAGUACUUGUGAAAUAGAGGAUUUGCUAUUAGUACUUGCGAAAUAGAGGAUUUGCUAUUAGUACUUGUGAAAUAGUUGAUUACUACAAGUGCUUGUGAAAUAGUCGAUUACUAUUAAUACUUGUGAUAUAGAUUUUUUUUUUACUAUUAGUACUUGUGAAAUAGAUGAUUUACCAUUAGCACUUGUGAAAUAGAUGAUUUACUAUUGGUACUCGUGAAACAGUUGAUUAAAAUUAUUUCGUUUGAAAAAGUUGAUUACUAUAAGAUCAUGGGAAAUAGUUGACGAAUAUUGCUCGUGAGGAUAUUUGACGUAUUAGAACAUGGGAAAUACAUUAUUUUAAUUCUGCACAAGCUCUUCAAGGGAAGCCACCGCCAUGCAUCUCUAGCAACUGAGGUCAACGGAAAACACCAGAAUUAGAUCACGCCCCCUGUGACACUCGUAAGCAGUUGUGUUACCGACACGCGUGUCAAACAAAUGUGGUCACUGACACUCAUGUCAAACAGCUGGUGUCGCUGACGCGCGUGGAAAACAGAGUCGGUGUCACUGACUCGCGUGUCGUACCGCUGGUGUCACUGACACGCGCGCCAAGCAGUUGGUAUCAGCACUUGACCUGUUUUAUAAACAAUAAACAUUUAAAAUUUUUUCACUCGUUCUUUGCGAUGCAUGCAGAAUAGCCACCAACGCGUCUCAAAAAAGUUUGUGGCGCCGACACGCAUGCCGAAUAGUCGUGUUGCUGACAAAACACCGUGUCGAACAUUUAGUAUCACUGUCACACAUGUCCGAGAGCUGGCGUCACUGGUGCACACGUCUGUAGAUGUGAGAGUGACACGCCUCACACUAAUGGAAAGUGCAGGGUAAGAAACUUUUACAAAGAAAUAGUAGAUAGAAUAUUUCAAUCCUAUUUCAAACCUUCUGCUAAUGAUGAUGACUAAAUACUUUUGUAGUGUUUGUAUCCAUGGUAAUUUGCCACGCUCACAGCGCUCUGGUGUCCUAAAAUCUAUUAAGAGGGGGGGGGGGGGGGUCUUUAAAUGUUUCUUAAAUAAUUUUUUUUUUUUAAUUUUUUUUUUAUUUUAGUAAUUUGCCACGCUCACAGCCCUCUGGUGUCAUAAAAUCUAUUAAGAGGGGGGGGGGGAGUCUUUAAAUGUUUCUUAAAUAAUUUUUUUUUUUUAAAUUAUUUUUCAAUUUCCAUCAUAGAUUAAGGCAAACUGUUGCAUAAUUUUAGGCGCUACAGCUUCACUCAUCAGAUCACUACGUAAAGGAAAAUAAACGUCCGCUUUCUGAAGCUUCGAACACCACGUUCUUACACAUCUCAUGUGGUAUUCGAAUAAGUGCUUUAAAUUUGAAUUUUCUUAAACGCUUUAAAAUUGAACAUUCUAAAUGCUUAAAAUUUGAGACUAAUCAUAUCUUUAGCCCGUGUAUGCCGGAUUUAUGACCAAUUGACCUAUUCGCUCGCCAAUUAAUUGACAAAGAAAUCGUUUUCAAAAAGUUCAGUGAGAGAAAAUAUAAAAUUGUACAAAAUAAAUUUAUUGGAUGGAAAAUUGAAGGAAGUUUGUUCGAACGGAAUGUGUUGCCCCUUUUUCCAGAUAAGGGGUUGUAAAUAAAGGACAUCUGGAAAGAAAACAAAUUUAGCCUUUUUUUUUUUUUGGACCCGCCCACAAAAUGUGCGAAAUGCCGGGAAGUAAAGUAGCGAUUAUAAAGAGCAAAGAGUCCGUAGAUCUGAACCUCUGAAUAAUAAUGAUAUAGGUCAGUCCAUUGAUCACCAAUAGAUGAAAAACAUAAAGGAGAUUAUCUUUGAAAAAAAAAAUCCAUUUUAAACACUACUGCCCCACACCAUCUACUUUGAAAAAAUAGAUUUCUUAUAUCCCCUUUCAUAUCAGUACUGCCCCAAGGAGGACAGCUUCGCCAGCCCCCCACCCCACCACCCCCACCCACCUUUUCCUUCACCAACCGCCCCAUAUAAUAUUUCCUUCUCUAAUCGACAGGUUGCCAACCUGUGGAGGGGGGGGGAGGGGGCUGGGGAGUUAGGAGACUGAAAAACGUGGACUGGACAUCAUUUAAUUUUAAGCGUUAACACAUGUAUGUCUAUGUAUCCUUAGGUGUGUACAUAUGUACGUCCAUAUAUCCUCAAGUGUGUACAUAUGUACGUCCAUGUAUCUUUGAGUGUGUACAUUUGUACGUCCAUGUAUCCUUGAGUGUGUGCAUAUGUACGUCCAUAUAACCUUAAGUUUGUCCAUAUGUACGUCCAUAUAUUUAUAAGUUUGUCCAUAUGUACGUCAUAUAUCCAUUAUGUAGGUAAGUAUGUACGUCUUGAGUGUGUACAUAUGUACGUACAUUAUAUAUCCUUUUGUAUGUACAAGUGAACGUCCAAAUAUAACUACGACUGGUCUCUGAGUCAUCUGUUUUUCUGUUUUUAAAUUUCGAAUCAGCAGAUUCCUGUAAUUCUAUAUUAUUUUUAUGAACUCAAUAACAAAGCGGUGAUUGGAUUACUUAGGGACAUUUGAAAACAAUGAAAUCUGUAUACUAAGUCUGCGAAGUUCGGUGAACAAGAACAGAAAAUGGCUCGAAACUAUUAGGGUGGACUUAAUAGUCUUCACGUCUUAAAACAGUUUCGUUAAUGUAACUCUGACGAAGCUGUCGAUAUGUAAUCUAUUUGAUAAGCGCUUGAUAAGGAUAACGAGCGAAACGGAAGAGAGAAAGAGGGAGGUAGAGAAGAAGAGCGAGAGAGUGAUAGAUAGAGAGGUGGCAGCAAUGAUUUUAAAAAAAUGAGAAAACACCGAUGGACAGCGGCCUAAAAAUUAAGUCACCACCACACACACUUAUCUCAUAAUACCGUAUUUAAUGUUUGCUAUGUGUAAAGAUCAAACCGUAUAAUUCUCUAUGCAACAAUGUCACCAACGCUAUCAGGCGGCGCUGAUUUCACUAUACAUAAAAUUCCCGGUAACUGCCCUAAAUGAGAUUAUUAAAUUAUAUACCGCAAGUGCGUUUGGUGAGUAAUAUUUUCUUUUGAAUUGCGGAAAGGUCUCACUAUAAAUAUGGUGUUAUAACUUUGUGAUAUAAAUUUAGGUGGAGCAUUUGAAUAUUAAUGUAGUUCAAGGGGCUUGAAAACAAAAAAUAACAAAAAUAAAAAGUUUGCUGUUGCGAACUUGGGUAGGGUGAGCUCUAAAUGGGAUUCUUCUAUAGAGUCGAGUGCGGUACUUGAACUCAGUAACCUUAGUGGGUGGUCCUUGUUUGGCGUGCCGUAUCUCGUAUUAUCACAGACAGCCCUAUCACUUUCUGUCAGAGUCCACGCUAAACAAGAGAUGUGUGUAAUGUACUUUACCUACAACUAUGCCACGGUUCACUUGCAAAAAUUUACAUCAUUUUUAUAAAAAGUAGAAUUGUAUAAAUGUCACAGGGGAGGAAUGUUGGGGUGGAGGGGGGCAGUGCGUCAGGGGCGGCACUUUUUUUUCUUCUAUAUUUUGAGGGGAGCGAUAUUUUCGGCCCAUAGCCCAGUCUUUUUUGUUGUUGCUUUUUUUUAGGCUGGGGGAAAACGAGCGGCUGAAUUCUUGCCCACCCCGUACUGCACUAGCUCAGUGAUAACACUACUGGUAUAUGUGGAUUAUGUGAAACAUGAUCAGUGGUAAUAUGUCUACGAAACCUAACCCGUACUGCACUAGCUCAGUGAUAACACUACUGGUAUAUGUGGAUUAUGUGAAACAUGAUCAGUGAUAAUAUGUCUACGAAACCUAACCCGUACUGCACUAGCUCAGUGAUAACACUACUGGUAUAUGUGGAUUAUGUGAAACAUGAUCAGUGGUAAUAUGUCUACGAAACCUAACCCGUACUGCACUAGCUCAGUGAUAACACUACUGGUAUAUGUGGAUUAUGUGAAACAUGAUCAGUGGUAAUAUGUCUACGAAACCUAACCCGUACUGCACUAGCUCAGUGAUAACACUACGGGUAUAUGUGCAUUAUGUGAAACAUGAUCAGUGGUAAUAUGUCUACGAAACAGGAACAUGCUAAAAAAAGGAUUAAACUUAACUCAAAGUAUUAUUACCAGGAUGACCUCCAGGGUGCCCUUCCCCCACCCCCAACCACACAGGAUGCCCCCACCCCCACAGACAAAAUUGAGAACAUCUCGUGGCGAAGGAUCAUUUAAAACAACUAAAUUAAUACAUUGUUUUGUCAUUUGCAGUUGCUAGCCAAGUAUGACACUAAUCAGAAAAAAAAACUGUAUCAAUGUGGGCACCCCCCCCCCAUUUACCACCCUUUGACUUUAUGUUAGCGUAGGCGCCCAUCGUUCAUGCUUCUGUCAAUGAAGCGAUGUUAUCACUUUAUUUUGGGGGCCACUCGUUCAUGCUUCUGUCAAUAAGGCAAUGUUAUCACUUUAUUUUGGGGCCACUUGUUCAUCCUUCUGUCAAUGAAGCGAUGUUAUCACUUUAUUUUGGGGCCACUCGUUCAUGCUUCUGUCAAUAAGGCAAUGUUAUCACUUUAUUUUGGGGCCACUCGCUCAUCCUUCUGUCAAUGAAGCGAUGUUAUCACUUUAUUUUGGGGCCACUCGCUCAUCCUUCUGUCAAUAAGGCAAUGUUAUCACUUUAUUUUGGGGCCACUUGUUCAUCCUUCUGUCAAUGAAGCGAUGUUAUCACUUUAUUUUGGGGCCACUUGUUCAUGCUUCUGUCAAUAAGGCGAUGUUAUCACUUUAUUUUGGGGCCACUUGUUCAUCCUUCUGUCAAUGAAGCGAUGUUAUCAUUUUAUUUUGGGGCCACUCGUUCAUGCUUCUGUCAAUAAGUCGAUGUUAUCACUUUAUUUUGGGGCCACUCGUUCAUGCUUCUGUCAAUGAAGCGAUGUUAUCACUUUAUUUUGGGGCCACUCGUUCAUGCUUCUGUCAAUGAAGCGAUGUUAUCACUUUAUUUUGGGGCCACUCUGUAAAUCAUUUCGCUCAAAUGCAAAGUUUAUUAUGUGGUUGAGGAUUUACAAUAUACUCUUAGGAAAAUGGCCCCCCCCCUUUUUUUUUGGUGGAAGAAAAUGGAUUAAAAGAAAUAGAUCUUUAUGUUGAGGUUGUACACAUACAGUGAGAACCCUUAAAAUACCGGUUUUAUGUUCCUGGCAAGGUGAAGGGUAGCAGGAUUUGUUUCAUCAAAAAUUCAUCAGAAUAUAUAAAGAAGAUGGACUACAAGAUUUUUAAACGAUAACAUGAUAUCAGAGGUUCUUAAAUUUUUUGGCAGCACCGCAGACUGACUUUAUUUCUAAACAUCCAACCCAGAGGCGUAGCGAGGGGGGCAGGGGGGACAGAUGUCCCGGGCGAAGGCUAGUUAGGGGCGCCAAAAUGUGUUUUGCUAUUAUAUUAUUGAUAAAAAUAAUGGGUUUGAAAGUUGAAAAAAAGAAUAGGGGGCGCUUUAAAAUGGAUCUUGUCCCCGGGCGCGAAUUUUGUCCCCGGGCGCCAAACACCCUCGCUACGCAUCUGCAUACACCACACCCCCACCCCACCACCAUAAACAUGCGAAUUAACCUGAUCGUCGGGGGUCUUCUCGCACCCCUCCGUGGGGGGAGAACCCCUGCAUGACGUCAUUCAAUUAAAUCUACACAUGCAUGCAUCGAAAUCUGUUUUUAAAGCUUUUUACGUCCGUCCACAGCACAUUUGCCAUCGGGAAAGCUGUCGAGAGCGCCGUCUACGACAUCAAAGUCUCGAUGCUGGGCGACUCCGACGUGGGCAAGACGUCCAUCGCCGCAUCGUUCAGCUCCCAAGAAAACCCCCUGCCCAGGGCGACCAUCUGUGAGUUUAGUGUUCAUGGGGCAUUAGACAUGCGUAAAUGCGUGAGACCUUCUCAGCUGAAAAUUAUGACUGCUGCCUUAAUAUCCACUGGUCAGCUGUAUGAAGUCAUCUGAAUAUGCGGCUUGAUAAUUGUGUGUUUUCUUAUUGUGGGGGGGGGGGGGAGGGUGGUAUGUUGUCGCAUUGUCUUGACAGCAUGUAUACUUUAAUACUGUAUAAUAAAUGUAUGCUUUCAGAAGACAAUAUAAUAAAUGUAUGCUUUCAGAAGGCAAUAUUACAUUUAUAAAUAUGUCCAUUGGCAAGCAGGAUGAGCUGUGUCACUCCAAAGACUAGAAAGUGCCACUGCUUUAUUUCCAAAUUUUACUAUGACAUCACUUGAUCAAGAAAAUUGGACAACCCUAAUCAAAACGAAAACUUGUAUAUUUCAUUUUGUGGUAACAUUUGACUGUGCUCAAACGAUAAGAGCACAUUGUUUUUUGUUGAAACAAUAAAUUUUUAAAAAUGUUUUUAAACUUCGGCAAGUAUUCGAUCCCUUUCUGCAGGCUGUGAACUGACCACUAAAAACGUGCUGUACCCCAGUGGUGACCGGGUCAGAUACACCAUUUAUGACACAGCGGGUCAGGAGAAAUUUCAAGGCGUUAUGGCAAACUAUGUCAGGAACAUGGAUGCUGUCAUCAUAGUGUACGACGUCACCAGCACCGUGAGUAGCUCGCGUUUAGGUCACAGGUCAUAGUUUCUUAGGUCACCAGCAUCGUGAGUAGCUCACUUUUAGGUCAGGGGUGAUAGUUAACGAGGUCACUAGCACCGUGAGUUGCUCGCGUUUAGGUCAGAGGGCAUCUAUUAUGACGUCACCAGCACCGUGAGUUUAUAGUUUAUGAUGUCACCAGCAUUGUGAGCAGUUUACUGUAAAUUGUUCUUUUAUAGUAAUUUAGAAAAUUCGGAUAUUUUUGUUGUUGAACUGUUACUGUCCAUUAUUUAAAUACUUUAUAUUAAAACCAAUAAUUCAUAAAACAUAGUAUUCCAUCUAAGGAAAAUAAUACUUAUCUUAAUAUUAAUUGACAUUUAAAAAAAUUUACUCUGCAUUUCAUGAUGGUAAAAAAAAAAAAAAUUGUAUAGGAUGUAUAAUGAAAGACAAAAACAUUUACAUAUUCAUAUAGCCAUUAAAGCAGGGAUCAGCGAGUCGGGGUAAAUUACUCCAUAUGGGGUAAAAGGGAAAAUCUUGGGAGUAAUGAGGGCUCAAAUGGAGAUGAAUAAAAUUAUAUAAUUCUACGGCGGAAAGUUACGUUUUUAAGAGCACAGCUUCUGACCAGUGUGAUAGAGCACCGCUUAACAAAUGAACGCACACAAUACGCUUGUGGUUAGGGGGGUGGUUCGGCAGCUAGUAUGAACGGACGUGUUUUAUGUUUGUUUGUUCAUUUGGCUUAGUUACCAUUGUUUACCUUACGCUAAAACAUUCCGAGGAACUCAGUCAUUUAUCAGGUCACAUUUAACGUAUACUUUUUUACAAGUAAAACACAUACUUGUCGUGUAAAUGGACUAAAUUGUCAAAUGGACAAAGUCUAGAGUUUUCUCAGUUUCAAACCACGAGCGCAAAGCUUGUAAAAUCACAUCUAUUUGGGGGUAAACUAUGGGGAUAAAAAAGUCCCCCCCCCAAUACCCGCAUUAAAAUGUACACAAACAUCUUAACAUAGAAAUAAAUGCAAAUGUAUUACUAAUUACCCUUUUAUCAAAAAAUAAAUAAAAGAAAAUAUCUUGUAUUAAAAUAAGAUCAGCAUGUCGUUUCAAUUAAUGCUUAGAUCUAUAUCUCUUUGUCUGACUAACUUUGUUCUUUGUUUUUUUUUUGUUAUUGCUUUUUUUUUUUUUUUGGUCAACACUUUGCUGUGAUAUUUUUCCCCCAGGCCUCAUUUAACAACGUUGAUCGUUGGUUGUUUUUUUUCAACAAUCAUUUUUUUUUUUUUUUUUUUUUGUUAUUUCUUUUUUUUUUUUUUUGGUCAACACUGUGCUGUGAUAUAUUUCCCCCAGGCCUCAUUUAACAACGUUGAUCGUUGGUUGUAUUUUGUCAACAAUCACCUGCCGUACGACGUCCCCGUCAUACUGGUGGCCAACAAAAUUGACAAAGCUGACGAGAGAGAGGUCACCAAACAGGUGAUUUGACCGCUUCGAUUCAUGCUCUUACAAGACUGGCUGUGUUUAAACACAAAUCAUGUCGCAUGACGCCGUUAAUUUAUUUAGCUUUAUGACUCAUGUAAAGCGAAAUUUAAAUUCGUUUAAUUAAUUAUUUAUUUUUUGUUUGUAUAGAUGAAACAUCUAGGUAUGUCUUUCCCUCGUUUAUUAAAGAACAGCCAUAUCUUUUGACAUACGCAAGGAUUCAGUUUAUAAAUUGAACACACAUAAAUUGAACACGUCUUGAAAUAUGUGUCUUUGUUGUUUUUGCAUAGCAAGGUAAAGAAAAAGCCGAGAGAAAUAAUUUAUUCUUUUUGGAGACAUCGGCCAUCACCGGUGAACAAAUUACAACCAUUUUUGAACAGUUAUGUGAGUAGCUAUUUUCGCCUAAGUAUAAUCUUUAAAGGAAUAUUCUAAAUACUUUAAAUUUGAUUAUGAUAAGUACUUUAAUUUGAUCAUUCUAAGUGCUUUAAAUUUGAUUAUUCUAAAUGCUUUAAAUUUGAUUAUUCUAAAUGCUUUAAAUUUGAUUAUUCUAAAUUCUUUAAAUUUGAAUAUUCUAAGUGCUUUAAAAUUGAAUAUUCUUAAUUUUUUUAAUGUGAUUAUUCUUAUUACUUUAGUUUAAGUCUAUGUGGCUUAGUUUAUGUCUAAGGGCUUAGCGUACUUCUACGAGUCUUAGCUUACAUCUAUGAAUUUUAGCUUACAUUCUUAAGUUUUAGUUUAUACCUAUAGAUCUUUGCUUAUAUCUAUGAGUCUUUGCUUAAAUCUAUGAGCUUAGCUUACAUCUAAGUGACUUAGUUCAUGUCUUAGUGGCUUAGCUUACAUCUAUGAGUCUCGAUUUAUAUCUAAGAACAUUAACCAGCAAUGUCGUCUAUGCAAUUUUUUGUUAAUAAAAUGUUUUCAAACCUGUCUUGGGGAUUUCAGACACAAUUUUAAUCAAUAAAAACAACUUUGAAAACUUUUAUCUCCAAAUAAGUUUAACCUAUUUUUAUAAUUAUACUAGAUCUAACACACAAAAUUGUUCCACUUAAAAAUGUCAAUAACAAAACAUUUUUUUUUACAGCCACUGUGCUAAGGGAAAAGAAAAUGAAGGAACUAUUUCACGGUGCAAGGAUUCCUUUACGGGACAUGGCUUUUCGGUUGUCUCCUUCCACACUUCACAGCGCACGUGACACCAGCAGCAGAUCUCAGUGCUGCACUUCUUGAUGUUGGCUUAUGUUUAGGUACAAUCCUGACGUGCGCAAACAUGACGGUCAACAGCAGGAGGCCCUCAAGCAGCGGUCCGCGGGCCAAAUCCGACCCACCGGUGUCCCAAACCCGGCCCAACUGGCUGCCGUAAGGGUUGCCGGGAUAGCAGUGACAAAUAUAGAUCCUGACAUUCAACAUCUCAUUAGGCGAAAUCAAGCCCAUAAUUUCCAUUUAAAUUCUUUUACGUUUAUGUUCAUUAAAAUAGUUCUUUAUUAUAUAUAUAUUGAUUUUCUCUCAUGUCUUUAGCACUAUAAAAUAAAAUAUGCGUAGUGGGCUUAGGAAUUCGUUCCUAUUUUUCAAAAGUUCGGCCCACGAUAGUGUCUAAAGGUCAGUGAACCGACCCUACGGUUAUAACCUUGAGGACCUCUGAGCCUUUGCACAACCAGGGCAAACCAAGACUUUCCUAGGGGUAUGAUACCUAGGGGUAUGAUUCCUGGGGUAUGGUGACUACUUGAUAUCACACAGAUAUAAGAGGAACUGACCAAGUCCUUCCAUGACUUCAGAAAAAUAUUUCUUUAAUGGUAUCCUCAACACAUUCCAUUCAUAACAUCAGAAAAAAAAAACAUUCCUUUAAUUAUUUCCUCGCGUCCACAAAACAUUCCUUCCAUGACAUCAGAAAAUCAUUCCUUUUAAUGACGUUAAAGACAUUCAUUUCAAGAAAGACAUUAGCAAAACGACCCUUUCAUGACACCAACACUAAUUCUGUUGAUGACUUCAUCAAAACUCUCAGCUAAUAACAACAUCGAACCCCCCCCCCCUUUUUUUUUUUUUAAUGAACGCUGGACCUUUUGUCUGGAUCAAUCCAUUGUGUUGAAGGAUGUGUUAGAGAUUAAGUUAAUCUCUGACCCCUUGAUUUCCCUUGUCUUUCGACACAAAAAUCGUCAAGUAGAUUGAUCAAUUGAUUCGUUUAAUCUUUUAUCUCUGCUCGUAACUGGCCUUAAAAUCAACACACUGUACAUACCGUGCUUUGUUGACAUAGUUGAAACUCAUGAAAAUUGAGUCAAUAAAACUAAUGGCGUGACUGUU